UUUAGUUAUGAAUUGAGUUAUUCGAUGUUCAACAAUUAUCUUUCGUUUAUUGUAAAUAUAUAUGAUCGAUCCAUUUAUGUCUAUAUCAUACAGACUUAAGUAGGCGAAUAAUGAAGUAUGGACUUUGAACCAUUUUAUAGAGUUUAGUGCACAUUUAUAAAUAUUGUAAUACGUAUUUAUAAAAUGCUUCAUCUAUAUGACAAAGUAAAGUAGAAUGGAAGUAUCAGGGCGUCGAACAGUAGAAAAUGACAACAUCUCGCGAGGAUUCAUAUGUCGUCCUUGCCAAGAAGACAGUGUUACUCAAAAGGCUCAUGGAUAUUGCAUAAACUGCAAAGAAUAUUUGUGUGAGACGUGUUAUAAAUAUCAUCGUCGACCAAAACCUUUCAAGGACCAUGUUCUUGUUGAUGAAAAUAUUGAUGAAUACCAGUCAGAAAAGGAGUUAGACGAGACUCCUCCUCCUGUCCCAGAAAGGAAGAAUGUCUUUGAUACAAAAUGUAGACUCCAUCGGAAUGAGGAUUUGAAAUAUCGCUGCAGAGCCCAUAAAAUAUUUGUCUGCAGCGUGUGUGCUUUAAAACAGCACAAAGAAUGUAAGAACGUGGAUUACAUUCCCGAAAUCUGCGACUCUAAAAGUAGGCUUCUGGCGGAAAAAAUCGAAUAUGUCGAGGGAAAAGUUGAAUAUAUACUUAAGCAAGAUAGGGAGACUUUACAACUCGCGGAGGAAUCGUAUGAGUCGGCGUUGUCUGCCAUCAAAACACAGAGAUACCAGAUAGAUAGAUAUUUUGAAGAAACCGAAAAACAUUUUAGCGAUAAGAUGUUGAGGUUUCGCGAGGAAAGCAAGACACGAGAGGAGGAAACGCUCGGAAUUGAUCAGAAACUAAAAACUACAAAGGUACUAGCGACCGCAACAACGCCUUGUUCUGAAAUAGAAAAAUAUAUUUCAAUAGGCAAAACAAAAGAAGUAGUGGAUAACAUAAAUGCGAAAUUACAAGGAGUGUUUGGCCGUGCACAUCUGACCAUAUCUUAUAAACCUCAACAGCCAAUGCCAGUAUUGGGAGAGAGGAUAGUCAAGCAGCAUGAAGGAGAUGAAGGAUCUGGAAAAUUGAAGCUUCUUAGAAAGGUAAAUAUUGCUGGAGAGAAAGCAGACUGCAGCGUAACAGAUGUGGCAAUGCCCUCAAACAAUCGAAUGUUAUUGAUACUUGCUGACUGUAUAAAUAGAAGGCUUAUAGUUAUAUCGGUGGAAUACAAUGUGACAUUUCAUCAUCUCCCAUCAAAUCCUUGGGGAAUUGCCGAAAUAUCGGAUACAGAGAUAGCAGUUUCUUUACCUGAAGAUGACCAAGUAAAAAUCAUUUCUUUCGUUUCUGUCAGGGAUACUAUCUGUCAUAGCAAUCGAAAAUCUUUCAUAGUUUCAGGGCCUCCGUCUGGUAUCAAAUACCGUAAAUCUGACUCUUCACUGAUCAUUGUUAUUCACAAAGGCCAAAUAUGUGUCCUAGAAUCUUGGUCGCUAGACGGAAACUAUCUGCGCACUGUCGCUUUAUUUGAAUAUAAUAUUGACUAUAUGACUCUAACACCCGAUGAGAAAAUACUAUAUUCAUCAAGUGGAAAACAUAUUGUCUGCUUGCUUGAGCCGGAUGGUACAGUGUUGAAAUCUUUUCAGUAUGUUGAUGACAAUAUGUGUGGGCCUUAUGGAAUUGCGUCUGAUGAGUUUGGAAAUAUCUAUGUUUGUGGACUAAAUCGUUUACGCGUUGUAUCAAAAGAAGGGAAAUGGGAACAAAUUCUUGCUCAAGAGGACGGAUUUGCUCCCCAGUCUGUACUUUUCUGUGACAAAACGAAAAGACUUUUUGUUGGUCAAGCCAAAACUUAUGAAGAUGUGCUUGUGUUUCAGAUAUGAAACAAGUAGAAUUUUAGAAGUUCUUAAUGAGGACUUUUGUGGGUGUUUUAGGUUUUAGAAAAAGAAAAUUUCUCUAUAACUUUAUAUCAACGGAGAACAGUCAGAAUAAUAAAACUAAAGCGAAUAUGUAUUGGGUUUUAUUAAUUAUAAAACUCAAGAACUAUCUUAAAUCCAUCAAAAUCCAUCAAAAUAACGGACAAAAACAUAAGAAUAGUGCUACGUUCUAUAACAUGAUAACCCUCUGUUUACACCGGUGGCAUAAUGGAAGAAAAACGUUUGCUAGUAAAUAAAUUCAUCAAAUGUAACAAAUAUUGUCAAAAUGUAUAAUUAAACAUUGUAAACGAAGAAAAACGUUUGAAUUUUGAGGAAAAUACUUGGGUUUGGUUACCUAACUGAAGACUCAGAGGCAGUAAACAGUUUUCAGAGCUUCUUGGACUACAGCCGCCUACUUGACCUUCAGAACCCCAUGCAAAAGUCUGUAACCAUGCACCUGAAAUAAAAAUAUUGCAAUAUUAACAUGACUGUAUGUGUAUGAUUACAAACCAUCUGAUCUGCAAUAUAUGUCUAAUAUCUAGA